AAGCUUGUCUGUUUUGCCAGAAAACCGUGAUGCAAUAAGCAUUUAUUUUACCGGGACAGAAUAUUUCCUAUUCCGUCGUUCCUUCUGCGGUUUCGAAGGGCGACACCAUUCGAUCUAUUUGAUUCAGAUUGAUUAAAAUUGUUUAUCGGAGACAUUAAAGAUUUAUUAUAUUGAUCCUAUGAUUAUUUAGGCUGGGGAUUCUUUGUAGCUAGAGAAACUACUUGUUGGUGUGAACAGAGCUUUUCCUGAGUCUACCCCAUAGGUGGUAGAGUCCGGGAGCGCGCGAAGCUACAAACUAGUUAGCGUGGAGCUAACUAACUCCGACUCCAACCAGCCAGGUUUGAUGUUUCCCUGUGAAGAAGAGGAGGAGAUGAUGAGGGAGGAGAACACAGAGGAGCUGGAGGUGCUGGAGGCUCAGAUCAAGCAUCUGCAGGCAGAAGUGAAAGGUUUGCAUCAACAGCUACAGGAGGAGGACUGCAGAAACAUCACCUUUAACUUUGAAGGACCCAUGAAGGAAGCCCUGGCCUUUAUGUGUGGACUGACAGAAGGUGAAGGGAAGGAGGUGGUGGUGUCCAAGCUGGAAGAGGAGGUGGAGCAGCUGGAGAGGAAAAUAAAGCUGCAGAUCCAGAUUAAUGGCAUCAGUGUGACCCGCUGCAUCACAAAGACUCUCGAUCACAGUGGCAGGAAGGAGGUCCAGCUGUUCUGUAUCUCAGGUCAUUGCUCAGGCCUCGAUUUUCAAGUAGAGUUUAAGCUGUCGGAGGUCCAGGAGCAUCAGAGGACUGUAAACGAGCUGAACGUGGUGCUGGACUCCAAAGACCCGCAGAGCUUCAGCAGCUUCCUGUCCAGAGUGGAGGAGAACAACAACCUUCUGCUGUUCUUUAGGACUUUAAGGACCUUCUCAGACAGAUGUGCUGAUCGAACAAGAGCCUUCCAGCAUUUCCAAGAAAAGUUUCCAUUGGUUGUAUCUCUUCCUGGAGGCUGCAGGUCAGAGGUCAUGCGCCUGAGUCACCCCGAGCUUUCUGGCUGUGUUUUCUUUGUUUACUGGUCAUUUGAAGUUUCCACGGAGGGAGCCGUCAUUCUGAAGAUCCGCCUGCUGCCAAAGAUCCCAGAACAAGCUCUGCAGUUCUACUCGCAGCCAGCAGGUGGUGCUGCUGAGGCCUUUCAGAGCCUGCUGAGGACCCUGGGACCUGAGGCCACCAUCGAGUCCGUCAUCCGGGGCGUGGGUCUUCUACCAGAUGCUGAACCCAGCAGUUAGAGCAGAAAGGAGGCGGAGCCAUGUUGGUCUGGUACAAAUCUUUAUUCUGAGAGCGUGGCUGAUGCAGGAACAGCAAAAUCUACAAAAAUAAAUAAUUUAAAUACAAAACGCUGAA